UAUUCCGUUUGUAGAUAGCGCACCGAUUUGGAGUAUAUUAGAAGAAAUUGUGUUUUUUAAUUUCAUUUGUAGCUUCAAACAUGAAAAGUUUUGCAAUUUUGACAGUAUGUGUCCUUUUUGGACUUGCUCUAGGGGAGAAUCAAGUUGACUCUCACAUUGAGCCUUUUAUGUUUGAAGACUUGAUUAAUAAGACAAUUGAAGCUUUGAGACCUGAUAUUCCCGAUCCCUUGAAAAUUGCUAAUCUCACAAUUAAAAUUCCUGACGGUAUUGAUUUAUUGACGGGGGCUGCAAAUGUGUCAAAUUUUGAACUCACGGGUCUGCAAGGUUUCCAAGUGCCUUAUUUGAAUCUUGCAGUGGUGGGAAUGAGGCUUAAUUUUACUUUUGUUCUUCCAUCUAUCAAUUUGUAUACAGACUAUUGGGGAGACCUUACUGUUGCAAAUUUGGUGCCGUUUUACGGAUCUGGCAAAGCCAAUGUUCAUAUUUUGAACGCUGAAAUUCAAGGAAGCGCUCAAGCCGAUCUUAGCCAUGGAAUUUCGGUCAAAAAUCUCCACAUUCAACUUUACGUUGGAUCAGCCUCUUUUGAUAUUCAUGGAGCUCUAGACAACGAAGAUUUUAGUCAAAUUUUGAGCGCUCUUCUUAACGAUUUAGUGGCUUCGUUCAUCGAUAAUCACCAAAAAGUUAUUUCUGAUAUUCUUAGUCCCAUCAUCGAAGGACUUAUCAACGCAAUUCUGAGUGGUGGUAAUUCAUCGACGACGCCCACUUCAGCUACCACCGCAUAAGAGGAUUUGUUACUGCUUUAAAAACAUUUUUUUAUUGAAACAUUGUAAAAUUUGUUAAAUAAACCUUAUUAGAAAUCUAAAAAA